AUGAAGGAGGGAAUGAAAUCCAAAAUCAAAGCAGAUAAAAUUAAACCACUUGCAACACCAAAACCUCCAACGACAGUACCGCCUCCUCCUUCAGUUAAUCCUUCAUCAUUCACUUUAUUAUAUCCAUUUCAAACAUUAAAGAAACAAAAAGAUUUUAAAAAGGAUUUCAAGAUAUUAAAUAAACCAAUUGACCCAAAAAUUCAACCGUUAAAGGAAAAAUUUAGUCGCCCUUCGUUUGCUCCAUAUCCAUAUUCAUACGAAAUCGAUCAUCUGGAAUAUUCAAAAGGAAACGUUACUUAUUUAUUUGCCAUUAACAUUAACACCAGAUAUUUAUAUUGCAUUCCAGUGAAAGGGAAAACAGAACAGGAAACAAGAAGAGCUAUACAAUACUUACUAGAUCAUGAAAGAGUAGAUAAUAUCAGGGGUGAUGGUGAUAAAGGAUUUCAGGCAACUAUGAUUCAUUAUUUCCCACAAAUUAAUUUUUACUUUUCAUCCUCUCCAUAUACGUUUCAUAAUAAAAUAGUUGAUGCGGUAAUGAGAACUCUUAGAGAUGCGUUAGGGGUUAACGGUCAGAUAUACUGGGAUGGAAAUCAUGACUCCAUCAUACAACAGUUAGUAUAUUAUUACAAUAAUACAUGGCAUAGAACUAUAAACAUGAAACCAGUGGAAAUGAAAAAUGAUAUUUCAAAAGAAUGGGAAUAUAUUAGAAAACAAAUGGAAAGGUUAAAUGAUGUUAAACGUGAACAAAUUAAUUCGGGGCUCAUGAAUUUUAAACAAGGAAAUAAAGUUUUAAUUCAUCUCGAUUAUGGAAAAACUGAUAAAUCAAUGACAAAAAGAAGACGAAGAUUUGACACAAUAGCUGAAUUUGUUAGAUAUAUUAACGGCAAUGCAUUAGUUGAAGUUGACAAUAAAUUAAUAGAAAUUCCGAUUUAUUUUAUUACUCCAUUAUAUUUAAAUAUUAUUUAA